AUGGAUAAGGAACAAUCAGCUCUACAACGUAAAGUGGUUCGUAUCAUCUUCUUGUCCUUGCUGUUGGACUUACUAGCGUUCACCAUGCCGCUGCCGCUGUUUCCUAGACUAAUCGCAUCAUUUGUGGAGGCCGAGAAAUCUAGCAAAGGAACAAUGCUUUCGAGUAUACUUGGCGUGAUUCGAAAAUCGCGGGCAGCGCUGGUGUCGAUGCGAGCCAGUCAUUUAGCGCCAUAUUCUACUGAAAGCGCCGUGACACAUUCGAAAUGGGACAUCACCAUCCUUGGGGGGUUACUUGGAUCGAUCUUUUCGUUUUGCCAGUUUCUUGUGUCACCUUACAUUGGACGGUUAUCAGAUCGAUUCGGUAGAAGACCUAUUCUCUUACUCACCAUGAUUGGAAAUCUAGCAUCUGCCUUGUUAUGGUUAUUUUCGACUAGUUUUGGUCCUUAUCUUCUUUCUCGAGCCAUUGGUGGACUUUCGGAAGGAAAUGUACAACUUAGUAUCGCCAUUAUUAGUGAUGUCUCUGAUCCUUCAACACGUGCUAAAUCUUUGGCAUUGGUUGGGAUUGCUUUUUCUGUCUGCUUCACUUUGGGUCCCAGUUUAGGUGCCUGGUUUGCAAUGCAACUUCCAACGAGUAAUACUGUCAAGAUGGGUGGAACAGAAUUGAAUGUUUACGCUGCACCUGCAGCGAUCACCGUGAUCUUACUACUUGUCGAAACAGCUUUCCUAGCCAUUGCUUUACCAGAAACCAAACAAUGUUCACAAGAUCGAGCACAGAAAACUUCAUCUAGUCAAAAAUCAGAUACUAUAUCCAAACCGACUCGUCAAAGAACAAUAGAACAGAGAUAUCAAAGAUUGAAAAUUCUUGCACGCAUACAUUCAAUGUUUUUGUUCUUUUUCUCUGGUGCUGAGUUUACCUUGACAUUUUUAACUUACGACCUCUACUCUUUCACGAACGCUCAGAAUGGUCGCUUACUUGGCUUGAUCGGCAUCCUCUCCUCCUUGCUUCAAGGGGGUCACAUUCGUCGCUCCAAAAAGGCUCCAUUGAGCUUCGUUCGUAACGGGGUCAUUGCUUGUAUCACUUCUCUUACCCUUCUUGCCACUUUACCUUUUCUUCAUCCAGGCCCGAAAAAUAUGGCUGAUGGUGAAAUGAAUUUCUCGAGUAUGAUAGUCCUCUAUUCAGCUGCUGUAGCACUCGCUUAUGUCAGUGCAUCAGUUGUGAACUCGUUGAAUACAUUGGCUAGUCUCGAAUGCGAUGAUGAACAAGAUGUUUCGAAACAAGUUGACUCAAAGAUUGCAAGGGGAAAGGCUUUAGGGGAUUUCCGAUCGGCUGGUCAGCUUGGUCGGGCUAUUGGUCCACUCUUCGCUACUGGUCUUUAUUGGGCACAAGGUCCAACUUUGUGUUAUGCUACCUGUGCAUGUGGUUCAGGGGUAGUUUAUCUUUUGUCUAAAUUACUUGAUGACUCACAGUUGGAAAAAAGUGGUAAAGCUGAAUAA